AUGCCAGCCUCAGCUCUGAAAAUUGCUGAAGAGACGAUUAAGAGGCGGCUAAGGGGCAUGAACUACAAGCUGUACAAGCGGGUUAGCGCCAACAUUGGCGUCUACACCAAGGGAAAUGAGCAGCGUAUGGGUAAGGGUAAAGGUAAAUUUGACUACUGGACCGUCCGCCUGCCCGUCAGUCGAGUCGUCUUUGAGUUGAAGGGUGACCUGCACGAGAAGGUCGCUCGGGAGGCUUUUAGGUUGGCUGGUCACAAGCUGCCAGGCCUCUGGGAGUUCGUGAAGAAGGAUGAUCCGCCCGUUGUUGGAAUUACAAAGCUCGGCAACGGCGUCACGCUUGAAACUCUCAAACGAGCCCGCCGAAAUCCACCGCUCGGCACUGAAAGCCUUGAGAAUCCUCCCAAGACCACGUCCUCGAGCCCUGACGCCCCUCAAUGA